UUCAAUUCCUCAAUUCUCUUUUUCUUCUUUCUCCGCUUUGCUUAUCUGUGUGAAGCAAAGUCUUUUCCGGUCUCAAACGCGCUCCCCUAUAUAUACGCGCACAGAAAUAUCUCUUCUUUGCCCUAAAGCUCUAUAUCUCCGCUCAAAUCUCACCGAUCUUUCUCCGAUCACCGCGCACCACCAUGGCUAAUUCUGCAUCAGGCAUGGCAGUCCAUGAUGACUGCAAACUGAAAUUUUUGGAGUUGAAAACAAAGAGGGCUUACCGGUUUAUAGUAUAUAAGAUUGAGGAGAAGCAAAAGCAGGUAAUUGUGGAAAAGCUGGGUGAGCCAGCUCAGAGCUAUGACGACUUCACUGCAUGCCUGCCUGCUGAUGAAUGCCGAUAUGCUGUCUAUGAUUUUGAUUUUCUAACAGAAGAGAGUGUCCCAAAGAGCAGGAUUUUCUUUAUUGCCUGGUCUCCUGAUACUGCAAAGGUUAGAAGCAAAAUGAUUUAUGCAAGCUCCAAGGACAGAUUUAAGAGGGAAUUGGAUGGCAUUCAGGUGGAGCUGCAAGCCACUGAUCCAACUGAGAUGGAUCUCGACGUCUUCAAAAGCCGCGCAAAUUAAAUAAAAUUCUCUAGUACUGCAAAGCUUGAUGUACGCCUUCUUUGCUUUACUCCUUGAGAAAUGUUUAUAGUUUGUGGGACUGCACUGCCUGCCUCGCUAAGAUGUGAUAUUAGUCUGUUGUCGAUUUUACUAUUUUAAUCUCCAUCUAAACAAAUUAUGUCCUUUUGACAUUAUCAUAUGAUGGUUUGGUGUGUUGAAUGCGUGUAAUGAAUUCUUUGGUUGGGUACCAAUCAACAAUUAUGGUUUGUUUGUUUUUUCUUUUUUUAUUUU